GUCUGUAGUUUUCACUCCACACUCAAGCCCGUAACGAAAAACUUUUUUUUUAUAUUUUAUUUCUUCUCUCCACUUCCAAUCGCUUUAAUAUACAGUUGGGUUAGUUACGUUUCAACCGCGCCCGACGAACAACCGAAAAAAUAGUCGUAAUUAUUUUUUUUUAUUUUUUAAUAGUGAACUAGUUUUCCCCUAUUUUCCGGAAAAAUGUGUAAAGUUUUUCCAUAUUUGUGUUAAAUAUCGAUCGUGGAUGUCGAAAAAUUGCGGCAUGAAAGUGAAAAGUCGGGAAUUUUAGUGAUAAAUUGAGUUGGAAUCUUAUUUGAUUUUGCUACCAAGUGAAGCACAACGAUUAUAAUUAUGACUAGAAAUUGUUAACAGAAGUGAAAGAAAAUAAAAUAAAAAAAACAGUGAAGCAAUAAAGAAAAUACAGAAAAAAUAAUUGAGUGAAAAUAGAAAAAUAAAAAAUUAUCAAAAUGCCAAAAUAUAAGUUAAAAAAUGUCUACAAGACACUUCUUCAAAUUUGGCUCUUUUAUUACUUUCUAAAUACAAUAAAAGUGUACAAAUGUCAACUAAAUGAUGUGGAAUUUAUAACUCAACCGAAUAAAAAUUAUGAGAAUGAUGUUAGUGAUAUAAAUAUAAAUCAUAAUAGUGAUAGUGACUACGUGUAUGAGCCAAUUGAUGUUCAUCAUAAAUUCAGCAUCGAUAGUGAGUUUGAUGAAAAGAAGAAUAUUAAUUUAAAUGUGAAUAAUAAUAUUCAUGAUGUUGAGAAUAUACCCACAAAUGGUGAUGAGUCAUCGUCAAAAUUUACGGAAAUUAAUGAGAGACAAGUAACGGGACAAAAGACGUUACAUCUCAGUGAAAGUCCAUAUUUGUUGCGACAAGAUUUAGAAAUUCUACAAAAUGCCGUUUUAACAAUCAAACCUGGUGUAACAAUACAUUUUGCACCGAUGGUUGGAAUUACAAUUCAUGGACAAUUAAAAGCUAUCGGUCAAUCAGAACAUGCCAUCACCUUCACAUCUCAGCAAAACACUGGAUUCCCAGAUAGUGCACCAAAAACACCAGAAGACUUAAAAGCAAGACUGGUAGAUGGUCCAUCUCCACUUGAAGGUAGACUUCAAUUGAUGGUUAAUGGAAAGUGGCGAUCAGUGUGCAGUAAUUCUAGAAACUGGACAAUCCCAGACUAUGAGACAGUAUGUCGUCAAAUGGGCUUCCAAGGUGGUCGAUUCUGGAAUUGGGUCGAAAGACUUCAAAACUUCCAACCCAGACUCUCACUUGAAGAACCAGAAUGUGGAGGAACUGAACAUUCAAUUUUCGAAUGCCAAUGGGAUCGUCAUCAACUAGGCUCAGGUGUCUGCGACUAUCACAAUGAUCUUGGCAUGCAAUGUCUUCCACUUCUUGAAUCAGCAUCAACACAUUGGCGUGGUUUACGAUUCGUAAAUGCUGAAUCAACUCGUGCAUUAUCAAAUGGAAAUACAAUCUAUGAUCAUGUCUCGCAAUCAGAAUUGAGACAUGUUAAUAUAAUUCGUGCUGGAGCCGGAAGAAAUCGAAUUGUUACAGCAGCAAUUGAGUCAAUUGGAGUGCCACCGAUUCUUAGUCAUGUCAAUAUUGAUUUUUCUGCAUUUACUGGAAUUAAUAUUACAAGAUCACAAUCAUCAUUUCAUUUUAAUGAAGUUACAGUUCGUCGUAGUCGUGGAUUUGGUGUUUUUGUCAAUUCCAGUUAUGGCUCAGCAAUGAUCGAGAACUCAAAUAUUGUUGAAAACGGUGCUGACGGUAUUCGUUAUGUUGGUCAUGAUCUCAGAUUCGAUGAACGAACGGACCGCAGUGAUGUUCGAGAAUUUUGUACUCUUGCCAUAACUGCAGGUCAAACAUAUCCAGUUGAAUUGCAAGUGGAACAAAGUGAAUUUGCGUCAUCGGGAAAGCAGUGCAGUCAAAUGUUUACAACACAGCCGGGUUAUGUAUUAACUGUGCAUUUUGUUAAUUUUGUCGUUAAGAAUAAUGACACAGCUGAGAUUCUUGUAACUGAUGGACAUAAUGAGCAUGAUCGUCUAUUAAUUAAUUGGUCUGUUAGGAACUACACUCGAGUGCAGAGCGUUGUCAGUACAAAGGAAACAGUUUUCGUGAGAUUUAAAGCACAUCCGAGAAGUCAAGUCUUAGCAUUUAUUCGAGUAACAGCUGGUCCAUUUAAAGCAUACGACCUUAAUGUCACAAACAGUUUUGUUACUGACAAUGGAGGACGCGGUGUUGCUGUCGAUAAUUUGCGCUCAAUGUUGCAUGUUCAUCACAGUGAAGUAAGCAAUAACAAUCAUGUCGCUGGUGUGCAUGUAACAAGCGGUGCUGGAGAUGUCAACGUCACAAGUAGUCGAAUCAUUUUCAAUCAUGGCGAUGGAGUUAAUGUUACGUAUUAUGGUGGACAUAAGAAUGUAUCGAGAAGCUCAUUGAGUCGGAAUGAAGGAUUUGGAUUUGCUGUGUGGCUCAAUCAAACCACAAAGGAGAGAGCUGAAUAUCUGCCGAUUAAUCAGACGACAAUAAUUGAGUAUUCAAAAAUUGUUGGAAAUCUUGAGGUUGGCAUCCUGCAUGGCAAUUAUUGUGGAGACUUUUAUGUAAAUGUGACUGGAAAUUUCUUCAAUGAAAGUUUUUCGAAUGGAAUUGACAUACAGACGUGCUGGUUUGACAAGCAGGAUGGAAAGAAGUUGAAAUUAUUGAUUGGACAUAAUGAAUUUCAGCAUAUGAAGAAGAUUGGAAUCAUAAUAAGUCCAGCAUUAAAUAUUGAUGGCAUUAUUGAGCACAAUCAUUUCUAUUUUGGUCAAUAUGGUGCCAUACUUAUUAGGAACGAUCAAUAUGUUGAAUUUUAUGAUCUUUUUAGAACUUUACCAGCUAAAUUCUUAGUGCAGCACAAUUACUUCCUUCGUAAUAAAGGAGUUUACGCAGCAUCACUUGGCUUGAAUUCUUAUACAGACAGAGAAAUCCAUUCAAUCCUAUUCACACGAAAUUUCGUCCAGAACAAUAAAAUUCAAGAGCCAUUCGGUCAUUUUGAUAGUGAAUCGCAGCCAACAGUCAAUGAAGGAAUAAAUGGCGAGGGUCGAUUAAAUCCACGAUCGCGUGUAGCUGCACCAGUUGUUAUAUCAUCGAGUAAUGUAGACAUCUAUAGAAAUGUAAUUUAUAAUCGUGAUUCAAAAUAUGAAGUUGGUUCUCAAGUCUCGGAUCAAAGUCAAAUAUUAAACGUGACUUAUAAUUGGCUGGGAUCGAAAGACGAAGAUGUUGUAUUUGAAAGGCUGUUUCAUAGAAAAGAUCGAUAUGAUUUGGCUAAAAUUGAAUAUUUGCCAUAUUUAUUACAUCAUUCAAAUCCAGGCACGACACUCAUUAAUCAAUUCCCAACUUAUAUUCCACGAUUCUACAAUGAAAAUUCAAAUAAAAUCGGAGGGGAAGUAGAUGGACAGGAGAUACUUCCAAGUGGAACUUAUGACGUUGAAAAGGACAUCAACAUCCGACCAGGCGGGAAACUUAUUUUACAACGUGGAACAAUCUUGAAUUUCUCACCAAGUGUUGGCAUGAUGGUUGCUGGUAAAUUGGAGGCUCGAGGAACUGUCCCAGAUGACAUCAUGUUUACACUCAAAAGAGAGCCAGUCAUGAUUAAUGACACAACCGAAGUAUUGACAAAUGAAGGAGAACUUGAAACAGAAACGGAAGCAAAUGUUCCAAAUAAUUCAGCACCUUCAGUUCCAAUUCGACUUCUUGGUGGAAAAUCAGAACAUGAAGGACGUCUGCAAAUUCAAAUUGAUGGACAAUGGGGAACUGUUUGUGACUAUAACUGGAAUAUUAUCAAUGCUGCUCUCGUUUGUCACCAACUUGGCUUAGCAUUGAAUCCAAAUGACUGGAGACUUGAAAGGAAUGAAAUUCCUGGUGCUGGAUCUCACGAAGAAAUUCUACUCUCGAAUAUCCGCUGUACAGAACAUGACACAGACAUCACAAAGUGUCGAUAUGAGAAGAAAAAUGAAUUUGAGAAUUCCUGUACGCACGAAAUGGAUGUUGGUGUUAGGUGCUAUGAAGGCGCAUGGGCUGGUAUAAGAUUUGGUGUUUUAGCUGAUCGUGCUGAUAUUCAGUAUGUGACAGUCAAGAAAGCUGGACUUGUUGAUUAUGCCACAAAUAUGUUUAAGCCUGCCAUUCAAAUGGACUUUGCGAGACAUAAUUUUGAGAAUAUUCGAGUCGUUGAGAAUCUGCAUGAUGGACUUGGUGUAAUUUAUUCAGACAUAUUUGGCGGUAAUUCCAUUAAUAAUGUUAGAAACUCUGAAUUCUCAAAUAACUAUGGCAAUGGCAUCAGCUUAAAGCAACUCGGCUUACAAGUUCACGGAAGUAUUAUCAAAAAUAAUCGAGGUGCAGGCGUAAGUCAUGAUCCAGUUUUUGGUGCUUAUGAACAACGAGAACUUGCUGGAUGGUUUAAAUUAGCACCAGACUUUAUUGCCACAGAAUUUGAAUAUCCACUUACUGAAAUUCCCAGCAAAACUGAAUUCAUUGACAUCGAUCAAUUUAAAAUGAAAUAUUUAGUCACAAAACGAGUCAUUGGGGAAGAUGAAGAACAGACAAUAAAAAUUCGUUGUCAGCCUGGCUACGUUAUUGGCAUUCAACUUCUUAAUCCAAUUGAGAAUCGAUCAACUGAGGAGAUUUGGAUUUAUGAUUCCCACACUGGAAAUUUAAAAAGUGACGUAUUUCAGGUUAAAAGGGAUUUAUCAGUCUUUCCAUUGACUACGACAAGCUAUGGAAUAGUUUUAAAAUAUAAAAGUGGAGACAGUGCUCUCGGUGGUGCUGUAUUGACAUUAAGUUCUAAUCCAGCUCCAGCUCAGACAAUUUACAAUAGAAUUGUACGUGGUCCAGUUCCAACAUUGCUAAUGACUUCAACAAAGAUCCAGAACAAUUAUCGUGGACUUACAGCGACUUACUACAAUAGAUUCCUUGGUGAGAAAGGCGAGCACUUCCUCCGAAAAGCAAAUGAGUCAAUGUUGAUGAGAUCAUGUGAAAUUAGCUACAAUAAGGAAGAAGCUGUCUUCAUUCAUGCACCAUUUUGGGAUGUUCAUGUCAGCAACAUCUCUGAAAUUACACUUCACAUUAAUCGAUCAUUAAUUGCUGAUAAUGGACGAGGAAUUAGACAAUUCUCAAAAGAUUUGCGAUCAUCAAACAAUCUCUUCCAUUAUGUCCUUCAAGAUACAUCAGUUGAGAGGAAUACAGCAGGUGGAAUGGAGAUAACAUUGCCUUAUGUCUGGCAAUAUAAUGAAAAUUUCACUCAUUCAGUGUUCUUUGGAAACAACACGUGGAGUCGAAAUGAUAAGUUUGGUAUCGUCAUUGAUGGUCACUUUGCUGAGAUUAAUAUAACUGGAAAUAAAUUCAUUGACAAUCACUGCCAAAAUGGCUUAAUUGCAUUUCGUGGAAUGGAAAAGAAAUUAAAAAUUGAGGAAAAUAAAAUCUCACAAAAUCUUGGACGUUACAUGAUUGAAUUUAAUUCUGAUUCACAGAGUGAGAUUCUUGGUGAGGUAUUUGCAGUCUUUAGAUACAAUGAGCUUAGAGACAAUAAGAAUGAAGAGAAAAAAUUAACUCCAGGUGGUCGCUCAUUUUUCAGAGGUACACGAACUAAUCCAAUCGAUCCAUCAUGCGUCAUUGGAUUCGGUGGUGUUCAAAAAGUUCAAAUUUACAGGAACUUAAUUAGUGGAAAUCAGCAAGAUUAUGAUCUCGUUGCUGGUGUUAAAUCAGCACGACUUGGCAAUUUCCUUGAAGCAACUGAGAACUGGUGGGGCUCUCGUGAUCCAAAAUACAUUGAUCAGAGAAUAUUCGACUUUGAUGAUUGGAAUAAUCAUGCUGAGGCAAUUUGGAAGCCAUUCUUAAUAGAUAAUGAUGUUUAUGGGUCAUUGUCUGCUUCCUAUGCUGAAAAUCAUAUACCUGAUAUUGAUAAUCUUGGAGGUCGUUUAUAUCAAGACUUAACAUUAUAUAAAAGAGAAGUUCCAUAUGUUAUAAAAAGAGAUUUAACAAUCAUGCCAGAUGUGACACUAAACAUCGGUGGAGGUGUUGAAAUGGAGUUCGCACCCAAUGUUGGUAUCCUUGUGCUUGGUACUUUAAAUGCAAGAGGUGGAAAAGUGUCGAGAAUCACCAUGAAACCAAUCAUGAAGACAUCUGAAGAAUACAAUCGAGUUGAAAGGUCUAUUGAGAAUAUGGUUAUUCAAGAUUCUGUCAGGCUGUGCACAAACAGGAACUGUACAACAGAAGGUCCUGAAAAUAUGGAAGUUCGAGAAGGUUUCUUGGAGUAUUUUAAUCACACAACUUUGCAGUGGGUUCCAAUUUGCGAUAGAAGAUUUACUGAAAGAAAUGCGCAAGUUGUAUGCCGAGAACUCGGAUUUGAUCCAUUAAACAUCUACUUCAGUCACGAUCGACGAAUUGAGUAUCACACAAACUCAUUGACUCGAAUAUGGUCAUGGGUUGAGCCUUUCGAAUGUCAUGGUGAUGAAUCACGAAUGGAGCUAUGUCCAGAGAGAUUAAAUGGACAGCUUUAUGGACGUAGACAUGAAUGUCAUUGGGAUGAUACAUUUGUGUUUGUGAGCUGUUUGGGUGAUAUUGAUCCAAAGCCAUAUUGGGGUGGAAUUAGAUUUGCCAAUUCUGAUUUUGAAGAUAGUAGCUAUGAGGAAAGAUUGCAUGACCAUAGACUGCCUGAUGCAAAGAAGAGGAAAGAAAGUUUCUUAGAAUUUAUUACACUCGAACGUGCUGGAUUGCUGCAUGGUGAGAAAUCUCCAGCAAUUCAAGCAAUCUCAAUAACUCCAAUAAUUAGUUCUGUCAAUAUCGAUGACUCAGCAUAUCAUGGAAUUAAUCUUGUGUCUCCCCGUGGCUCAAUGCAUUUAAAUUUAAUCAAUAUCGAUAAGAGUCUUGGUCAAGGAAUUAAUGCAAUUUCAUUGACUGGCGAAGGACAAGACAGCGAUGAGUCAAGUUUCACUCCAUUAAAGAAUUUGGAUCUGCCAUACAAUAUUUUCUCAAUGAUUGAUAUCUGCGAUGUCUCGAAAGUCAUCACACUUGAGGAACGAGUGCUAGUUUAUUACAAAUAUGACAAUAAUCCUGUCAAUUGCGUUAAAAUCUUCAAAAGUGCAUUCAGUGUUAAGCCACUUGGCUUUCGUCUCCUUCAAUCAAACUUAUUUAACCACUCAAAGGAGUAUGGACGUCCUGAUUCAAUUCAUUUAUUCGAUGGUGAUAUUUACAAUUUAACUGCAAAACAUAUUGGAACUGUCUUAGCUAAUUCUGAGAAUGAACGUGAGCUGUUUAAGACUUUCGAGUCUGUAUUGAGUGUUCGAUUGAUUGCUAGUGGUGCUCCUGCUAGACAUGGAUUUAUAGCUGAGGUUGUGACACUUCCUAUAUCAGCUAUUGGAUUUAGUCGAGACGCACAGCACAACAUCUCAAACUGUGAAAUCCAAAAGACAACAGGCUCAGCUGUAUCAUAUACAUCAGCAGGUGAAGUGUCGCCAAUUUUAACUCUUGAAAGAAACAGAUUCUUGAACAACUGCGUCCAACUUUAUGGAAACUUUUCAACAUGUGAUUCUGCUGUUAGAAUUGAUGUCCAAAACAUGCAUUCACUGUUCUUUAGAAAUAAUUUGAUGCAAGAAAAUCAAGGUGGAAUUUAUGUGAGAUCAGACUCGAGAGGAACUGCAACAUCAAUGCGAGCGAAUAUCAACAAUAAUUUGUUCACAAAGAAUAAAAAUCGACCGUCACUUCAUACUGAAGGCAAGCAUGCGUCACCAUAUCAAGAAUUUAUCAUAUAUAAAAAUUAUUUCACUCAAAAUAUGGCUGGGUACGAUGAUGUUAUUGUGCUGCGUCAAGUUGUGUCAAACUUCAGCUACAAUUAUGUCCAUAGCAAUAGAGGUGGAAGAAUCAUUGAAAUUUCUGGAUUUGAUAAGGUUCGACUGCCAAUUUAUCAGACUACGACUCAUAAUGGAUUCUAUAGUAAUGUUGCUACUGAUUGGAGAGGAAGAACGACAGUCGUUGCUGGAACAGCUGGACAACGUUAUUUAGAUAAUAUUUUCUUUAAUCCUGACAAUGAUUAUGAGAUGAUUACAGUCAACAGAUCUCUAUUUGAAGUCCAAUUUUGGAAUAGCACACGAGACAUCUACAAGACUAAGAUCGAUGCAACUUAUAAUUUUUGGAAUUGGAAUGAAACCUUGGCUGUCAGCUCUAGAAUUAAAGACAGAUCUGAUGAUCCAACACUCCUAGAAGUUCAAUACCUGCCACUUCACAUGAACAACUUGACAAUCUUAGAUGGAGGAAAAUGUCCACCUGGAUGGACUCUAGUAUUUGAUACAUGCUACAUGUAUGUUGGUGCUCCAAUGACUUACUACGAAGCAAGAGACUUUUGUCGAUCUGACAAUGCAUCACUUCCAUUUGUUCGAGAUGAUACUUCUGAAUUAAUGUUAUAUCUUCAGCAUCAGAUGCAGCAUUUGAGAUACGCUGAGCACGUUUGGGUCCAAGACUACGACUUCCUAGACAGAUGUACAGCCUUCGUUUACAGAUCAGUCGAAUAUGAAGAGUGCGAUAAAAGAAGUGCAUUUAUUUGUGAAAUUGAUCCUAAAAUCAUCAUCAAUCCACUCAAUUUCACAGCUGAUAUUGUUGCCAUAAGUGUCAUCUCCUUGUUCAUAAUUGGAUUCAUCCUGAUGUGUUGUAUUGGAUAUAUGUGGUGGUCGAAAUCAAAAGCUCGUCAUAAUCAGAGACUGCAGAGGAGAAACAGCAUCCGACAGAGUUUGAGGAGUCUUAAUACGAUUGAUCCACAAGGAUCGAUGAGAAGAAGAGGAUAUAAUGGACGAUCAGUCGAGAGUCUUUCAAAAACAUCAGGAACUGACUACAAGAAGAUGAUGUCAAAUGGAUCAAUUGACUCAAUGGACAAGAGUGUCCUCAGCUCAGAAACAAGCUAUGGAGAUUAUGACACAAAUCCAAAUCCAACUCGUUAUAAUGAAUACUCAGUACAGCCAACAAAGCGUUACUCACCGCCUACAGCACAAAAGCCUUCGGUAAAAUACGGUGUUCCACCGACUCCACCUAUUGAUGCUAUUAGUUCCUUUGAGUUGUCAUACAGGAAUGAUGGAUUUAAGGAUACAUCAACAAUUUACACAAAUACGACUAGAAAUAAUUCAGUCAGCACAAAUAUCAAUGAAGAUACUCCAAUAAUUCAUCAAGUUGAUAAUGAUAAUGACGAAUAUGGUUCCGGUUCCGAUUAUUAUGGAAAUGCCAGCACAUUACCAAUCCGAGCAAAAGGGGAAAAUUUGUCAUUUUUGACAGAACUUAAGCAUCGAUUACCAGAAUAUGAAGCACCAAGAAUAAACUCAGGACAUAGCAGCUUCUUAACACCACAAAGUCCAGAUCCACCCUCGAAUAUAUCAAAUUCCAGCACAUUACCUUACGACCAAAAAGUCGAUACAUUUAAAUUCACACCACCAAAACCACGUGAGAGGAAUGGAGGAGCGAAUGUGCGAAGACCAGAUGCAUUUAUAGCACCACCUCCUGACAUCAGACGACCAGAUUCUUACAUGAAAGCUAUUAAGCCACGAGAAUCAAUCAUUCCAAAGAGCGAAUAUGGUCGACCGAAGACACUUUAUGAAUCAUCAAAUGAGCCUCAAAGACCACCAGUUCCACCUCCACCUCAACCUUAUCACAGAUCAAAAUCUGAAGCUUUACUUGAGACAAAUUUCGAUGAUGAUGACACACCGCCAAUUAAUUUAUUAUCUGCUGAUAAUAGAAGUCAUAGUCAGCCACUUGAGACAGAAUUUUAGGGAAUUUUGAAAAUAAUAUUAAGAUGUGUUCAUGGAAAUUAAGCCUUUAAAGAGACGAAAAGCCUUUUACUGGACUAUAGGAGACUGAUGGGGGGAAUGUGAAGACCAAGGCGUGGAAACUAUCCCAUAUAUCCCAAAAAUAUUCAAAAUAAUCCCUGAGCCUUUAUGCAUUAGAAUUGAGAUAUCCCAUCAUAUCCUGAAAUUACACCUCCUGAGCUCCAAAAGUAUAGUCCACCAAAUUUUACUUUCACCAAUUUUUGUGGCGAACACAAAACUUUAAUUAAACAAUAUUUUUUAAAACUUUAAGAAAUAACAAAAAAUGUGAUAUGACAAAAAAAGAAAAACAAUUUUAUGUUUCGUUUAUAGUUCAUAGUUUAUGUUUUAAUAAGACACUUCAAUCACUUGAGUGCAUUUCAUGUCCAUUCUUAUAUUCUGCAAUAAGAAAUCCCGCGAAUAGCACAAGUCAUUUAAUUGAAUAGAAUAAAGGCAAGAAAUUGAAGUAACUCUGGGAUGGUGAUGCAUACAAUUUGAAAGCAGCAUCAUGCUACAGUUCCACCAGCUUGAUGCCAGAUUGCUAUUCGAUUAACCGACAUGUGCUAUUCGGGAUCCUUCCAUUCUUUCAUGAGAAAAGACAAUUAAUGACAUUAUAUAUCCGAAAUGUGGUUGGGAUGAGAUUUUACUUCAAGAAUUAUCAAGGGAUCGUUCACUUAUGACGUCCAAAAUUAACGGUCAUUUUUCAAAAGAGAACAAUGAAUUUCCAUUGAAUUUUUAUUGUUCUUUUCUUGCUGACCCCCCUCUCCCCCCCCCCCUGGACGUCAUAAGUGAAAGGCGCCUAAUUGAAUUACCAUCAAAAUGAACUCACAUCACUCACCAUCCACAACGGAUUAGCUUAUUGUUUAGAUAGUUUACAUUGAAUUUAAUUAUAUUGAAAUUAAUUAUACUAGAUUAAUGAAUUUUAAGUAGUUUUUAAGAAUUUAAUUUUUUUGAGAAGUUUUAGAUGAAAUAAAGUGACUUUGUAAAUGUUUAUUAAGCCUUAAGAUUUUAUAGAUAGGUCAAUAAAAAACUGAAAAGAAAUGAGAAUAAAUUUUAAAAAAUAAAUCAAAAUAAUUUUUAAGGAGAAAAAUAUGAAAAUUUUUUACGCGAACGAUUUUUUAAUGAAAUAA